AUGGCUUUCACAGGGAAAUAUGUGCUGGAGAGCUGCGAGAACUAUGAGGAGUUCUUGGAAGCUCUUGGAAUUACUAUGCCCAAAGAACACGGAACUGGGGAAGUCAUAACAGAGAUCCAUCAGAAUGACGAGUUCAGGGUGACCAAACACAUGGAGGCUAACACCUGGUGCAUCAAGUUCCACAUUGGGAAGGAGGCAGAGCUGGAAACUGCGGGGGGCAUGAAAUUCAAGACCACUGUCACCCUGGACGGAGGGAAAUUGAAGAUCCAGUUUCCCAAUUACCUUUACACUGCUGAGGUGGUCUCUGACAAGCUCGUCGAGGUCCAAACUGUGGCUGGAGUAACCGCCAAGAUGAUUAGCAAGAAAACAAAAUGA